AUGGGAGGGGCUGUUGGGCUCCGUGAAAGGACGGUGGGUCGUGAAGGGAGGGAGCUCUCGGUACCAGCUCGUCCGCUGACUCACUGCUGCUGUCAGGCUCCCGCGCUUCCGUCUCUCUCCCGACAUGGCGGCCGCCGCCUCGGGGCUCCGCGCCUCUUACCACCGCAUGCUCGACCGCAUCGAGUUCAUGCUGCCGCCGCGGUUCCGACCGUUUUACAACCACCCGGCAGGUCCCAAAACAGUUUUUUUCUGGGCACCUCUUAUGAAAUGGGGUUUGGUAUGUGCUGGAAUGGCUGAUAUGACCAGACCAGCAGAAAAGCUCAGCACAGCACAGUCUGCAGUGUUAACGGCCACAGGCCUCAUUUGGUCAAGGUACUCUCUAGUUAUUAUUCCUAAGAACUGGAGUCUGUUUGCUGUAAACUUCUUUGUUGGCUGUGCUGGUGGUUCUCAACUCUACCGAAUAUGGAGGUAUAAUCAGGAACUAAAAGCAAAACAAGACUAGCUGCAGUAAAGAGAUGCUUAACCCACAGGUCAAAUCCAGCAACUCACAAACCAUGGGACCUAGCUUCACUAAUUUUAAUGUUUUUUGAGAAAAUGAAAGAGGAAUUUAAAUGUUUAGAGAGCAAGUGUUUUCUAAGUACAAAAAGUAUCUCUGUACACUUAAAUAAAGUGCAACCUUUUAAAUUCAAGCAAA